AUGGCCAGCAAGCUCUUUAUCUUCAUAUUUUUUAGUUCUCUUCCAUUUGUUGUUCUUUCUCCAUUUUCAUCUUUCAGCAAGAUUCAAUUGCCACCAAAUGUCACAGCUCCGGUGGCUGUCGCCUUUGACUUCCUUGGAAGAGGACCUUAUGUCGCUGCCUCCAAUGACAGGAUUCUCCGAUGGCUAGGCCCUUUAUUUGAUUUCACAGAUUUUGCCUACACUACACCAAAUAAGACCAAGCAAUUGUGUGAUGGUACAACUAACCCAAAUUUGGGACCUGUAUGUGGCAAACCAUAUGCUCUGAGCUUUAGCUUUAGCGGCAAUCUCUACAUUGCUGAUGCUUAUUUGGGGCUCCUAGCAGUUGGACUUAAUGGAGGGCGUGCGACCCAACUCGUCACUAGCGCAGAAGACGUGCCUUUUCGCUUCCUUACUGCUGUGGAUGUCGACAUACUCACUGAAAUUGUUUAUUUCACAGACUUCAGCGCAACACUCGAGCUAAGGCAAAUUCAUUGUUUAUCAUUUCCAUUUCAAACCACACCUCUUCACCGUAGACUUAUUGAGAAUACUGCAAAAAGAAUUCUAAAGUAUUGGCUAAGAGGCCCUAAAGCAAAUACCGCAGGGAUCCUUACAAGCCUUCCUGCAGAACCAAACGAAAUAAGAAGGAACCUAGUGGGAGAUUUUUGGAUGCCAAUAAGGACAGUGGCCAAUCAAAAACCAGCAUCGGUAAUUGUGCCUAGAGGUUUAAAGAUCAAUCAAUUUGGAGCAGUGUUGGCAAAUAUAUCUUUGUCCGCGCAAUACUACAAUGUUAGUGUCAGUGUGAUGCUAGAGCAAAAUCUUGCAUUGUAUACUAGCUCUAGUUUUAAUGCUGUUAAUUUUGUUGGUGUUUAUAGGAUCUGA